UCAACCAAGACACGCGGGCAAAUAGAAAAAAACCUGGAUACAUCUUCUCCAGAAUCUUCUUGCAACUUCCAGAUCCACCUUCUCCUUCUGGAACCCUGGAUCCAGAAGUCCCCAAGUACCCGUAUAAUAUCCCCAUGGCCAAUGCUUCAUUGUUUCAUCAAUCUGGAAAAUACAAAAACAUCUCAAAUUUACUUUUGUCAGAAGAAAAGCUGUCAAGAAAUUCUCUGUCGAUAUCAUCAAAAGGCGACUAAUGGACUUUCCUCUUUUCGGAAAUCCCUGGAAUGCCUCGUCUCGCCCUUGUUACGAGCAAAGCCUGAGAGGGAUACCGGUCCAGCUCAAACCCAAAGCCAUGCCGCCUCAGCCUUUGAAUCCCAAGGUGGUGUCGAUCCCCGUCCGCUUCGUCGGGUCGGAGCGGGGCACAUCCGACUCAGUUAUCAAGAUCCAGAAGGUGUUUAGGGGAUUCCUAGUGAGAAAAAACAUGAAGAGGAUCAAGGCAAUAAGGGAGGAAGUGAAUGACAUCGAGCGUAGUGUUUCGAAGAAAGAAACUGUCGAUUUGAUUCGAAAUGAUUCAAAGGAGAGAUUGAAAGUGAACGAGAUGCUGAUGGGCUUGCUUCUUAAGUUGGAUUCAGUUAGAGGAGUGGAUUCUGGGGUUAGGGAUUGCAGGAAAUCUGUCAUUAAAAAGGCUAUUGCGUUACAAGAACUGGUUGACGCCGUUGUUUCCGGAGACCAAUCAAUAGAUUCCAACGAUGCUGAAGCAAUUGAUCAAAGUCAAGGUAUUGCUGAUUCUGCUGAUAAUUGCAAUCAAACGUUAGAGUCGCAAAAUGAUUAUGAAAUAACCAACGAUACUGAAGCAAUUGAUCAAAGUCAAGGUAUUACCGAUUCUGCUGAUAAUUGCAAUCAAACGUUAGAGUCGCAAAAUCAUGAUGAAAUAACCAACGAUGCUGAAUUUGUGCCUAAUUUGAAUGAAUCAAAAGUGAUUCUGCAAAAGCAGGAAACUGUUGAAUCAAAUAAACAAGUUGUUGCAAAUCAGGAGGAUGAGGAGAGUAUGGAGAGCAAGAGUCAAGUCGAUUCUGCGAAUCUUGAGAAUUUAGUUGAAGAAGAGGAAGCGGCGCUGGAUGCUGAUGAUGAGAAGGAAGGGAAUAAAAAUAACAAGGAAGAUUGUGGGGAGAAUAAAAGGAGUAAGGAGUUGUUAGGGAGGAUGAUGGAGGAUAAUGAGAAAAUAAUGGGAUUGAUGACUGUGUUGCUUGAGAGAAACGAAAUGCAGAAUAGGUUGUUGAGUGCAUUGUCUCGAAGGGUGGAGCGGCUGGAGAAGGUAUUUUUGUGUGACAAGUUGAGGAGAAAGAAGAGGAGAAGUGUUGUUGGCUCUGAUGAUUGUGUUGAGAAACGCCGGAUGUCCAAAAAUGUGGAAUAGUUGGACUUAUUGUUUUGGUUUUUGAUAUUUGAUUUUUAUUUAUGUGUGGAUUAUGUUUUGUCGUGUAAGUUUGAAGCAAAAUUGCAAAUGAAUGAAUGUAUACAUCUUUUGAAGCAA